AUGGUUAUAUCAGGGAUUGUAUGUCUUUCCCUUCUUCAAUACGCAGCAGCAGCAAUUCUGGGUCGAACUGCAGGACCCGUAGUGGACCUCGGAUAUGCAAAAUAUCAAGGAUUAGUCGUCGAGGACGCCGUUUCGAAUGCGACUCGAACUCAUUUCUUAGGAAUUCGCUUUGCUGCGCCUCCCACUGGACUAGCACGGUUUAAUGCGCCUAGCUUGCCCUCAACGGUUCCAGGCAUCCAACAAGCCAAUGCCCAACCACCCAUGUGUCUCCAGUCCCCCUAUGGCUCUGCCCCAACCAAUCCCUAUCGUGUUGACAAGUCCCAAGACGUUCAUAAAAGAGAUGAAUCAACAUCAUCUGAGGACUGCCUUUUCCUCAACGUUUACAUCCCAGGAAACGUGAAAAAGUCCUCAAAACUUCCAGUGGUAGUUUGGAUUCACGGAGGAGGGUAUGUUCUGGGGAGCAUAUCAGAAACGGGAUAUGGAGGCGAAUACGAUGGAGAUUCGAUACUGCGCCAAUCUCAAGAUUCAGUCAUUCUCGUCUCAAUACAAUACCGGCUGGGUUUAUUCGGAUUCUUAGCAGGCCAAAAGGUUAAAGAGGGGGGAGCUCUGAAUGCCGGUCUCUUGGACCAGCAAUUUGCAUUAAAAUGGGUUCAGACUUACAUCGAACGAUUCGGUGGGGAUCCUCGUAAAGUGACGAUAUGGGGACAGUCUGCCGGUGCUGGUUCUGUCCUACAACAUGUAAUAGCCAACGGAGGAAGGACGAACCCACCACUCUUCCGAGGUGCAAUCACAAGUUCCACGUUCCUGCCUUCGCAGUACAGAUACAACGAUCGUAUCCCUCAGGCUAUAUACAACGAAACCGUUACACGGGCUGGUUGUUCCUCCUCGGCCGACACCUUGAACUGUCUCCGUCUCGCAGAUGUUAAUGUAUUGCAAGCAGCUAACGUGGCAAUUAACACGGCCGGCUUCUUUGGGACAUUUGUGUUUGUGCCCGUCGUCGAUGGAACGUUUAUACAGGGUAGGCCAACGCAGCUACUCAAGCAGAAGAAGGUUAACGGGGACCAACUCUAUUCCGUUGUGAAUACAUUCGAAGGGACGAUUUUUAUAGACCCCUCUACAGAAAAUACUGUGCAGGUUGCACAGUACAUUUCUCAAUUAUUCCCUACGUUGGAAUCGAAGAAUGCACAAGCAGCAGCAAUGCAAUAUGCAGGGUUGGGCUCAAAUUUUGCCCAGGUCAUUUCAAUUAUGGGAGAAGCAAUAUUUGUGUGCCCUACAUACUACCUCCAGACCUCGUUCGGUGGGAAAGGAUACAAGGGAUUAUUUGCCAUCCCCCCAGGGAAUCAUGGAACCGAUUUGAUUUAUUAUUUCCCAGGAUCUGUUUCACCAGGAGGCGACCUCCCUUUCUCAAACCCAGACUUUAUCAAAGCAUUUACACAGACCUUCCCCGACUUCGUAACGUCCUUGAAUCCAAAUAAGAAGCGCGAAAGCGAUAUCACACCUCCUUGGAGCCCGUGGGGAGGAUCAAACGAAAUGCUUUUCAACCAAACAGAGGCGGGUGCACCUGAUGUCAGGCCUAUUAAAUCAUCCAAAGCAUUGCUGGAAAGGUGUAGAUUCUGGGAAAGUGUUGGUUCUUUGACUGGUCAGUAA